AUGCCACAUGUGGACCAGAGGUCAUAUCGUAGCAACAGCGCCAGCAGCAGUGGGGAGUCUCUAUCUGAUGGAGAAAAGACUGAUGGCUCAGUCAACUCUGGAUUCUCUGGGUACUCGAGUGGUAUACCUGACUCCUUGGCUUUUGACAGGAUCAUUGACGGAGGAACAUGUCCUCCUAUGACAGUCCGGGAUUUCAUGUCCUAUCUUAUUUAUGUAGAACACGCUGCCGAGAACCUCCAGUUCUACCUCUGGUUUAAAGACUACGAGAAACGGUUCAACUCAAACCCUACGACCGAUGCCAAGCUUGCUCCAGAGUGGACCAGGGCUAUGCAGGAUGAGGCCAUUAUCAAGAUCCGAAAAGAACAGGCAGAUAAGAUGCGCAAAGAGCCCAAGGCUGCCGCAAUCUUCAAAGGUACCGACUUUGAGAAAAAUCCUACCGCUCAGGACCGGAGCAUGAGUGCCACCAUCGAUCCCUUCACAACGCCUCCCCAGAGUAGCGGAGGGGAUGUGGCGUCAAUAUUUACAGCGACAAACACUAUGCCUUCGCUCGAUGCAACGAGCUAUAUGAGCCAAGCCUCCGACGCUUUCCAGGCCGCUGGCACUCAACAGCCUUUCACUAUCCAACCAUUCCGAGAAGAGGUUAACAGAGUGAUUGUGACGUACAUAAUGGAUGGAGCUCCCCGACAACUGAAUCUCUCAUCUGCUGAACAAAAGACGGCUAUCGUGGCACUUUCUCAGACAACACACCCGAGUGCAUUCCGCAGCAUCUUCAAGACGGCUGACUCAAGUCUUCGUCACCAGGCCCAUCCCAACUUUGUCAGAUGGUCAAUCUGUAACGGCAACCCUGCUCGCGUGUUCUUCGCGCGCUCGCUCGGACUUGGCCUCAUCAUGGUUGGUAUUGUCGUUGGCCUCAUCCUUACUCUCAGCAGCGCAGGUCGAGGAUACCGGGCUCUGGCAGCAAUCUCCCUUGUUCUUGGUAUUAGCACACUUGUUGCGGCUUACAAGGGUAUGUGUGUUGUUCUUCACGGAAUGCAUCACCGCCACAUCAGGCCGUGGGAAUUGUUCGUCGACAGUGAGAACAUGGAUGACUUGGCUAAGCGAAGCUUUGAUUCUUUCGGAUCUAAGAACAGCUACGAGGAUGAACCUUGGGUGGUCAAGUACGAGAAGCGCAACAUUGUCCGCAAGGUGUUUGAUCGAGAAGUCUGGAUCCAGGAGCCAGCGCUGCGUCAGAUUCAAGACACUAUUUUCGUCCAGGCGAUGCUUGCUUCCAUCCUUAUGGGUGGUAUCAUCACAGCAAUUUUUGUGGCCGUUCCAGGUGGUCGGUUCUUUUGA